AUGCAAGUCGAGAAGACUGAUAAUCAUAAGCCUAUGCAUCGAGAUUCAAAUGUUGACUCUCACCUGAGCCAAUUUUCUAUAAACAGACCAAGCGGGACCGCAUCGUCGUCCAAGCCUUCGCUUAGUUCACUCUCUACCGACAGUGAUCAGGCGAAGUCAAUUCUGCAGAAUACGCAGGGGACGAUUAUACAGCCCUCGGAUUCUCAUAAUUAUGUACCGAACACAACUCAAGGACCGCCUGCAGCAGAAUUGCCAUUGGGCGUCUACCCUGGAGAUGUCAAUGAGACGUAUGAUGGCUCGAAUUCUAGUGCCCCUAAAUUUUCCAUUGAUUCAUCCAACCUUGGCUCUGAAAUGCGAGAUUUACAACCAGAGAUGGCCAACACAGCUGUUGACAUCGACAUGACGAUGUCAAAUGAUCCAGAGGUGUCCCUGCACUUCGAUCCUACUCUUUUCGAUCAAUCAAUGCUUUCUACUAUCAACUGGCUUCCUAACGAAUUCCUCUCCACGGCCACUAUCAGCCAGCCACAACUGACCGCUGUUUCUUCACAAUAUGACCAAUCUUUCGGUCCAGGUCCAUAUUUCUCGCGCACAGCUUGGCAACCACCGGUUGUUCAAGCUGGGCAGAUUAGUCCUUUACAUCCAGAACCAGUAUCUCAAUCACCCUCUGUGCAUGUACCGUUGGGAAACAUGGAAAGCCCUAAUCAAUAUCCACAUGCUUUAAGCGAGACUUCUCCUCAUACUGAGUCAGUGGGCUCUGCCAAACGAUCAGCGGAUUAUUAUGUUGAUGGCGCCGGAUCCAGACUUCCAAAAUAUAGAAAGAAACAUCCACCUUGGUCCAGAACAUCCGCAGAACCGGUCGAUGCUGGAAGACACAUGCUCCUUGAAGACAGUGAGCACCGCUUUGAGUUUCCCAUCAUCUCCGAACUUCAAACAGAUCAGAUAUCAAAAGAUGUAGUACGAUUCGCCCAGCGUAUCGAGCCCUCCGCCUACGACAAGAUCUAUCGGCAUUUCCUCUCGUUAUGUCGCCACGAGAAUCCAUUUUUUGAAGUCUUCGAAUCAGACGGAUUUCCUACCCUGGAUGAAUGCAAUUGGUUUAUUGCCUUUUUCUUCGACUCUUUCCAGGCCGUUUACCCGGUUCUGCAUCUUCCGACCUUUGAUCCAAAUUCAUGCCACUGGCUCUUAACAUUGUCUAUAGUAGCAGUUGGCUGCCAUGUUGCACAUAUGCCCGAGAUGGAACAAUGCACAAAUGCUCUCCACGAGUUGAUUCGGCGGGGUAUCUAUGUCGAGGUAUAA